CCCUUAGAUGCGGCCAUCGCGGGAAACACACGUCUGAAGUGCACGAGCAGUCAAGUGAAACCCGAACCGCUGUUUCCACGCGUAAUUCACUGCACUAUUUAGCUUGUCACGUCACAUCAGUGGUCCAAAAUGUCAAAGAUUGAGAAGAUGAGUAUCCUUGGAGUGAGAAGUUUUGGAGUUGAGGAUAAAGACAAACAAGUGAUAUCGUUCUUCAGUCCUCUGACAGUUCUGGUGGGACCUAAUGGAGCCGGAAAAACGACCAUCAUUGAGUGUCUCAAGUAUGUCACUUCAGGAGACUUUCCUCCAGGAAGUAAAGGAAACACAUUUGUCCACGAUCCCAAAGAUGCCCAUGAGACAGAUGUGCGAGCACAGAUCAGACUCCAGUUUAGGGAUGUCAAUGGUGAAGCCGUGGCUGUCCAGAGAUCAAUGCAAAGUACACAGAAGGGCAAGAAAAUUGAGUUCAAAACUCUUGAGGGCGUCAUAACCAGAAUCAAGCACGGUGAGAAAGUGAGCCUGAGCUCUAAAUGUGCUGAAAUAGACCGUGAAAUGAUCUCAUCACUGGGCGUUUCCAAAGCUGUUCUCAACCAUGUCAUCUUCUGCCACCAAGAGGAGUCCAAUUGGCCUCUGAGUGAAGGAAAAGCCCUUAAGCAGAAGUUUGAUGAGAUUUUCUCAGCCACAAGGUACAUAAAAGUGUUAGAGACCCUGCGUCAGUUGAGGCUAAAGCAGGCAAACACGGUGAAAACCUGCCAGAUGGAGCUCAAGUACCUAAAACAGAACAAAGAUAAGGCUCAGGAGAUCAGAGAGCUUCUGUCCACUAAAGAGGCUCAGUUAGCUUCCUCCAAAGAGAGUGUCCAGCGCAUUGAAAGCCAGAUUGACCCACUGGAGAAUCGUCUAAAUGACAUAGACGACAGCAUGAGGAAAGUGAUGAAGUUGGAUAAUGACAUCAGAGCUCUGGACAGCAGGAAGAAACAGAUGGAAGAUGAUAACCGAGAACUAGAAGAAAAGAUGGAGCAGGUGUUUCAGGGCUCAGAUGAUCAGCUGCAGGAAAUGUAUCAGAACCACCAGCAGACAGUGAAGGAGAAGGAGCGGAGGCUCACAGAGUGCCAGCGUGAGAUGGACCGGGCCGGAAGAGAGUGUCAGAGAACGAACCGAAUCAAAUCCGACCUGCUCGUUGAGCAAGGCCGUCUGCAGUUGGAGGCAGACAGACACACACAGAACAUUAAAAAGAGAGACACUCAGGUGAAGAAUUUGGCAUCUUUCCUGGAGUUGGAGGGCUGUGAUCGGACCCCUCUCAGUGAGAGACAGCUACAAAGCUUCCACAGACAAGUCAAAGAGAGACUGGACCAGGACACAGAUGCCCUCAACCAAACCAUGCAUGAUAUGCAAGAGAAGGAAGCGCAGAAGCAGCAAAGCAUCGAUGAUCUCCGCGAUAAGAAGACCGGUCUUGAGAGAACCAUUGAGCUUAAGAGGGACAUUCAGGCCAAGAAACAGCAGGAACUGAAGAACAUAAAGUCUGAUCUGCAAAGACUGGAGGGCUCGUCAGACAGACUGCAGGAGUUGGAGACUGAGCUUCAGAAAGCGGAGCGUGAGCUUGAUAAUGCCAUGCAGGCAUGUACAGUGGACAGUCUGAAGGCAGAGGUGAUUGAACUACAGAGGGAGAAAACAGAACUGGAUCAAGCCCAGCGUAAACUGGACCAGGAGAUGGCAGUGCUGAACACACACACCACAGCACGCACACAGAUGGACAUGCUCAAGAAGGACAAGAUGGAUAAAGAGGAGCAAGUGAGGAAGAUCAAGUCGAGACAUAAUGAAGAGCUGGUGGCAUUGUUAGGACACUUUCCUAACAAGCGAGAGCUUGAAGACUGGAUCUACACCAAAUCCAGAGAGAUUAAUUCUACCAGAGAGCGCCUCAGCAAACUCAAUAAGGAGCUUGCAUCUGGUGAACAGAAGAAGAGCCACUUCACAGCAGAGAUCAAACGUAAGGAAGAGCAGCUCGCCAGAUAUGAGGAGAGACUCUUUAACCUGUGCGGCAGUCAGGACUUUGAGGAUGAACUGGACAAACUGCAGGAUGAACUGGAUAAGAGCUCCAAACAGAAAGCCAUGUUGACGGGGGCCACAGCCGUGUACAGUCAGUUCAUUAGUCAGCUGACAGAAGAGGGCGAGCCCUGCUGUCCUGUAUGUCAGCGUGUGUUCCCGUCAGAAGCUGAGCUCCAGGACGUCAUUAAUGAUAUGCAGUCCAAAUUGAGGCUUGUCCCAGACAAACUGAAGAACACAGAGCAGGACCUUGAGAGAAAGGGACGCAGGCGUGAUGAAAUGAUUGCACUAAAACCCGUCAGACAGUCCAUCAUGGAGCUCCAGGAGAAAGAGCUGCCAGAGCUGAGGAAUAAACUCCAGAGUGUGAAUCGUGACAUUGAGAGACUGAAGGGAGUCAUUGAGGAGCAGGAGACAUUGCUGUCCACACUGAUGUCUGAGGAGGACACAGCCAAGGCCUGUCUGCAGGACAUCUCCCUCAUGGACCGCUAUCAGCUUGAUCUGAAGGACAUAGACCGAAAGAUCGCUCAGCAUGCUGCCAGACUGCAGGGAGUUGAUCUCAGCCGUACCAUGCAGCAGGUCAACCAGGAGAAACAAGAGACCCAACACCGCCUGGACACCACCUGCAGUAAGAUCGAGCUGAAGAGGAAGCUGAUCCAGGAUCAGCAGGAGCAGAUCCAGGCCUUGAGGAGUAGUGUGAAUGAGAUCCGUGGAGAGAAGCUCCAAAUCUCCAGCAACAUGCAGAAACGUCAGCAGCUGGAGGAGCAGUGUGUGGAGUUCUCCACUGAGAUCCAGACCCUCCACCGAGACAUCCGGGAAGCAAAAGAGCAGGUGUCUCCACUGGUUGCUACUCUAGAGAAACUCCAGCAGGACAGACAGGACCUGGCAGAGCGCAGGAGGCAGAAACAGGAGGAAGGGCAGGAAAAGAUAAAUGCCAUCAAGGAAAAGGUUAAAAACCUAACUCUCCUUGAAAGAGAGAUCUCAAAGUACAUUGAAGAGGGCAAAGACAGCUACAAAGAGCAAAAGGAAACUGAGCUACAGGAGGUGGAAAAACAGCUACAUGAGGCUGAAAAACAGCGAGAGAAGAUCAAUAAAGACAUGGGCAACAUCAGACAGGACAUAGACACUCAGAAGAUUCAAGAGCGCUGGCUCCAGGAUAAUCUGACUUUAAGGAAGCGUGUGGAGGAACUGAAGGAUGUGACCAGGAAACGGGAAGUCUUGCUAAAGGAAAUGGGCAACAUGCAAGUCCAAGAGCUGCGCAAUGAGCGUAGAGAAUUGGAGCGAAAGUUGGAGGACCUGAAAAAGAACCGCAGUGUAGCUGUUGGCCGGCAGAAAGGCUAUGAAGAUGAGAUCCUCCGUUUCCGAAAGGAGCUCAGUGAGGACCAGUACUGCCGGGCCGAAGAUCUCUACAGAGACAAGAUGAUUGUCAUGAGAACAACAGAGCUGGCCAAUAAGGACCUGGAUAUCUACUAUAAAGCUUUAGACCAAACAAUUAUGAAGUUUCAUAGCAUGAAGAUGGAGGAGAUAAAUAAAAUCAUCAGAGAUUUGUGGCGGAGCACAUACAGAGGACAAGACAUAGAGUAUGUGGAGAUCCGCUCUGAUGUGGAUGAGAACGCCUCUGCCGGUGUGAAAAGAAGGACAUACAACUAUAGAGUGGUAAUGGUGAAGGGAGACACGGCCUUGGACAUGCGAGGACGGUGCAGUGCUGGACAAAAGGUGCUUGCCUCCCUCAUAAUACGACUGGCUUUGGCUGAAACGUUCUGUCUGAACUGUGGAAUUCUGGCGCUGGAUGAGCCCACCACCAACCUAGACAGAGAGAACAUUGAGUCUUUGGCACACGCCCUGGUGGAGAUAAUCAAGAGUCGCUCUCGCCAGCGCAACUUCCAGCUGCUUGUAAUCACCCAUGACGAGGACUUUGUGGAGCUCCUGGGACGAUCCAACUAUGUGGAGCAUUUCUACCGGAUCCGGAAAAACCAGGACCAGUGCUCAGAGAUCAUAAAAUGCAACAUCUCCUCUCUCAACUCCUACCUGCACUGAAGCAUCAUUUCAUGCAAACAGCAGUCUUUGCCUUCGAGUUAGACCAGAGAAGGUUCAAUACAAGUUAAGAUCAGUCAACAGCAUUUGUGGUAUAACAUUGAUUACUACAAAAAUAAUUAUGACUCAACCAUCGUUUGCUUAAAAAAAACAAAAGUCGCAGUUACAGUAAUGCACUUACAAUGGAAGUGAAUGUGGCCAGUCUAUAAACGUAAAAAUAUACAAAAAAGUAUAGCCACAAGAAGUGAGCAUUAUAUGUGUUAACAUGAUUUUAGUGUGAUAAAAUCACUUAGUAACCUUAUCUGUGCAAAGUUAUAUCUUAUAUUACAUCUUUGUUGUCAUGACGACAUAACUCCUGUAAACCCUGCAAUCUGGUAAAAACCUUAACGCUGGUAAAUCCCUAAUUUGAUCACACUAAAGUCAUGUCAACAUGUAUUAUGUUUACUCAUGGUGGCUAUACUUUUGAGUGUACCGAGUGUAUUUUAAUGUUUAUGGACAGGCCCCAUUCACUUCCAUUGUAAGUGCCUCACUGUAACUGUUAUUUUUGACUUUCAUAAUUAAAUAAAGGGGCUACUUAAAAUUAUUGCAAUAUUAUUGAUAUUCAUUUAUACUAUUAAUCAAUAUUAUGCCACAAAUGCUGUCGACUGAGCUUAACUUGAAAAAAAUUCCUUUAAAGCUCCAUUUUUGUGCAGUUUUUGACCAUUGUAUACAAGUAGCGAACAUUUGCACAAAUAUGGUUUUUCAAACAAUUUACACUAAUUCGUUCUGCUUGCGUUCCAUGAAUGAGGCCUAAUGUGAGUAACUUGCUGCAAGCUCAUUUGUGUAUGUUGCCGUUCCUGCUGUACUGUUUGUACCCACUCUGUUGCAUUUUCUGAAAUGUUAUUAAAAAAAAACAACUUGUUCUUGCCA